UAAAAAUUCACGUUGUGCGUUGUGUCGUUCCGAAUGUCCAGUUGGAAGAGUUACAGAUCAUAACUUAUUAUUCCAAACUUUUUUAGAGUCAAAUAAGGAUGUAAUUAGUUCCUCAAGUUCAUCAAAUGUAUCAGUUCCUCUGAUAUCCAACCAGUCAUUGUGCAUGCCUUUUAAUUUCUGUGUUCCUCUUCUUUCUUAAGCGUGCAUCGAGGAAAGAUUGAUGUUUCGGACAGUUAGAUGAUCCACCUCUUCUCAUCACUGAAGAAUUAGACCUCAAUCACAAUAUGUCCACAAAUUCCAAAAGAAGUAAUUGGAAUGAACCACUUCCUCCAGAUGUGAAACAGGGAUCAAAAUGUUUUAAUCCAGAUGCACUAAAAACGCACACUGAAAACUUGGAGGAGCGCGAAAAAGCACUUAUCAAGUAUGCUUGUAAGACUGUCACCAUUGAAACGAUAGAUACCAUCAAAGCUGGUUUAGAAAGAAGACAAGGAUUUAAAUAUACCAAGAGGAAAAGAGUGGAUGAACCAACAAAAAACAAGACUUCAUUAUCAAUAUCAAAGAAGCGUCAAUUGGGACUCUACAGCUUGCCGAGGAACACCAUUAGCUAUGCAGAUGCUCUACCUAUGCACCAGUUAUGGUUAGAAUACAUUCAGCCGUUUUUACCAAACAUGAAAGUGAAGCCUAAUGUAGAGCAGCGAUUGAAAUUCUUCAAGCAAGAAUAUAUUGGAGCCAUGAUUGAAGUUGUUCGGUCAAAGUGUCCUUCUCUUGUCGGUCUCCGAGGAAUAGUUAUUUUUGAAACAAAAUUCACUUUUAAAAUUGUUUGUGAAGAUGAUAUCUCCAAAAUAAUACCCAAAGCAUCCUGCGUUUUUUCAGUUAUCAUCGACAAAGUUUGCCUCACUAUUUAUGGGAAUUAUUUCGUUGUCAGACCAGCUGAGAGGAUUAACAAGAAAAUCAAACAGAAAGUACUGUUUGACCUGUAAGUUUUUUUUUCGUAAUUAAUUUAAAAGUCCCUGACAGAAGUGUUCUAAUCGCAAUCCAUUUUUCAGUCCGUCCCUUCAUCAAUAGCUCUUGAUCAGGGAAAAUACAUUUUUAGUCGGUGUUUUUGUUAUACUUUUUAGUGAUGAAAAUCGUAAGAAAUUGAAAAGUGUUAACUGAUAGCUUAUUACAAGAGCCGAACAACUUUUCCUUGGAAAUAUUUAAGAUUAUACCCUUUGUCCAUAAUAAUUACACAUAAGAAAAUCUGUUCAGCAGCGAAAAACUCGGAAAUUAUUAAUUUAAACUGUAUUUUUUUAAAUUUAAUUUUAAAAAAUUUAAUAUAAUUGAAAAUAUUCCAGCCAUUGUUCAUCACAAGACAUGGGGCAGUAAGGGUAGAUAAAAUACAAACUUUGUCUCAAAUUAGAUGUGAUUUCCUUAAUUUUAUCAUCCAACCAACAAGACUUCUUGUAGCAGUAAACUGCUCAUUUUUUGUGGAAAAAAGCUUCAUAAAUUGAAUGCCUUGAAUCAAAAACUGCUCAACUCUAUUGUGACAUUUCCAUCUCGCCAGUUGCUUUUUCAUGUUUGCAAAGAACAUCAAUCAAUAUUUUUGAUAAAAAAAUUUCACACUUCCACAUUGACAGUGAAACUGCAGGAACGUCUGUAUCAGCUUGCAACGCUGCAGGCUUCCUGUCAUAUUCUAUUUUUUAAGUGGAUCAACACUCAUUGUCACUUUGUUUUUUAACUUCUCUGAUUUUUCUUAGUUAUUUGAAGAAUAUUCUGUGAAAAAUUCAAGCAUUAGCGUUAGUUACUUUUCUUUUGAUAAAAUUGAAUGGGAGCGCAGAUUUUGAAAUACCGCAAGUUAGAUAUAUCUUACUGUAGUUCCACCGUCAAUAUCUAAUUCCUAUACUAAGAAAUUCUUUGUUGAGUAUCAUUUUUGGUUUCUUUCGAAUCCAAGGAAAAAUUCAACUUACAAUUAGUACUGAAACUUCAUAAUAGAUAUUAGGCAGUCUUUGAAGCAAACCAUUUAAUUGAGAAUCAUUCAGGGGUUAAUUUCUGACGCAUUGCGCAGUUAUGAAUUUAGAUGCAAACGCUAAAACAAAUUUAUCUUGGGUCUGUGUUGAAAAAUUACAGCCAUUGUGUUUUAAGCACCACCCAAAUUAUCUUCAUAUUUGCUGAAAAACCAGCAGGAAAAAUCAAUUUAUACAAUGAUUCAAGUAUUUAGACUCCCUGCUCUAUGAAAAAUAGAAAGGCAGAAAACUAGAAAAAAAUUUUAGAGCCUAAAGGCCCAAAAUGCGUAUGGACGAAAAUAUUCAAAAAUUGUAUGCUAAUGAGUUUUAAACUGUCAUUAUGUUAAUUAAUUUUACCUUCUA